AUGGCGGCGGACUUGGAGACCGCCCGCAUCCGAUCACUGCCCGAAGAUGCCUUCUACAUAGCGAAUUUCAUCACCGAGGAAGAAGAGGAUCUGCUACUCCAGAAGAUCACAACCGCCCCCCUCCCCCGCUGGACGCACCUCUCCCACCGACGUCUUCAAACCUGGCCGUCAGCGCUCUCCAAGACCAACACCCUGAUCGACUCCCCGCUCCCCGCCUGGCUCGUCUCGCCCAUCAUCAUCCCUCGCUUCGACGCCCUCGGCAUCUUCGCCGACGCUCCGCACGGCGCCCCCAACCAUGUCCUCGUCAACGAGUACCAACCCGGCCAGGGCAUCAUGCCGCACGAAGACGGCGCGGCCUACUAUCCACUCGUGGCGACCGUGAGUCUGGGCGCGCCGAUCGUCUUAGAUUUGUACCCGAAGGGCGGCGCGGAGGGAGCAAACGACAGCGACGACAAGCGACAUCGGCCGCCGCAGCAUCGCAUCCUGCAGGAGCGGCGCAGUCUGCUCGUGACGCGCGCCAAGAUCUACACGGACUUUCUGCACGGGAUCGCGGAGACCACGGCGGACGAGGGCCUCGGCGCAAAGUCCAUCUGCAACUGGGAUUUGCUGCGCGAGCCGCAGCGGUUCUGUGGGGGCCGGGUGGAAAGGGAGACGCGGAUCAGUCUGACGUAUCGGGAUGUGCUGAAGGUUGCGAAGCUGGGCAAUACGAUGAAGUUCCUGGGGAAGCGGUAG